AUGUCAGGCAAAGCACAGGGACGCAAAAUCGCCAUUAUCGGCUCCAGCGGCCAGGUUGGACAGCCGACCGUUAAGGCUCUUCUCGCAUCUGGCAUCCACACCAUUACUGCUGUCCAACGCAUCGAAGCGACAAGCACAUUUCCACCUGAGGUCAUCGUCAAAUCUGGUGAUCUGAAGGAUGAGUCCUUCUUGGCGAGCACCUUCCAAGGCCACGAUGCUGUCGUGCUCAUGGUGCCUCUCCCUCACCUUGUCAGUCUGCAAGAGUCUGCAGUUCGAGCAGCAGCAAAAGCUGGUGUCCCAUAUAUCCUACCUGCAGAGUUCGGUCCAGACCCCUUUGCAUCGAAACUGAUCGAGGACAACCAACUACUGCAAGACAAGAAGAAAAUCCGCGAUCUGAUUGAGGAAGUCGGCGUGAGCAGUUGGAUCUCAGUGGCUGUCGGCCCCUUCCCCGAAAUGAUCAAAAGUGGUCUUUGGGGCAUCGAUGUUGAGAACCGUAAAGCUACGAUUUGGACCGGAGCGGUUGGAAAGGUCAGCACGACGAGUGUUGCACAGACUGGUCAAGCUACAGCUGCAGUAUUGAGCCUCCUUGAACGGGACUUGUCUAGGUACAAGAACAAAGCUUUCUAUGCCCCUUCAUUUCACCUAACCCAGAAGGAGCUUCUACUAGCAGUUCAGAAGGCAACAGGGACGGCAGACCAGGACUGGGAGAUAGAAUACCAAGAUGUGAAUGAUGGACUGAAAGAUUGUAACGACAAGAUUCAGCAGAAAGACGCGAUGGCCCCAUUUGUCAAGUUCUUCAUUAGUCAUUUCCGGGAGGACAGUGGAGGAGAAUUUGAAAGUAAGGUCGAUGUCAGCGAGGUGAAGAAGCUGCACGAAAUCGGGCUUCAGAAGGAGACUCUCGAUGAUGUGCUUAAAAGGAUUGUCUCAUAA